AUGGCGUCAGCGAACGGCCCAGUUACCGAGCUGGUGCAAAUCCCUCUUGCGGUCCCCUUCUCGGAAUUCUUGAGCGUCUUUAGCCAACAUUUGGAGCCCGUUCUUUUGGCCCAGCCGGGACUACGCUCAGUCAUGACCGGCGUCACUAUACCCGCCAAAGAUGGAGAGCAACUCUUCGCCGUGUCACUCACCCAAUGGGACAGCGUUGAAGCGCACGAGGCCUUUUUAAACAGCCCCGACGCGGGUCCCUUCUUUGAAAGGGUGCAGCCGCUAGCCACGGGGCCACCGACCGUGGAGCAUUAUUACCUGGGAACCGUCGACCCGUCAGUCUACCAGAGUCGCUAUGGCCUGGUUUUGAAGUUUUCUGUACUCGACGGCCAAAUCCAAAGGGCAGCAUUCCAGGGACACGUUUCUACUCAAGGAAAAGCAGCAGCUUUAAUGGGAAACUGCGUGGAGCUGCAAUCACAGAGCGCGGCUGUCUUGUUUGGUGAUAGCCAAGUCUUCGGGGCAGCAACGGGCGUAUGGGACUCGAAUGAGUUGGCGAGCUCCUUUACGGUACGGUGGCACAGAAUCGGGACUAAGAAGAUAUCACCGGCCCUUUAA